CUAAAACUUCUAGUUCUACAAGCCGCGACUCUCACCAGUUCUGGUAUGACCAUGUUGUCCUGACCGACCAUGGACUUAUCAACACCACACGUUCUCACCAAGCUGCCGCGAUCCUCUCGACCUGAUGCAGCCGUCAGCUUCAGCAAAGUCGUUGCUUUGAAAGAUGGUUCAUCGAGGCACAGAAAUGAAAUCUGCGCUGCCGUCGACGGAGAUUCCUUGACAAUCUACAGUGUUCGAGAUGGUAGCAUAGUCGCUUCUCAUCCAGUUCCCCCUACCUCUUCCUUCUCAGGCCCACCUCUAUCCGUCUUCUCGAAGACCGACACUACCAACGUGCGACGCACCUACUGCGCCAUCACCCACAAUACCUUGCAUUUACAGGCUUUCGAGACUAUUGGCAAAGAAUUUCAAAAUAGCAAGACCUACACAAGCCCUGACCUGGCCCACAAAGAAAGCCCUUUAAUCGCUUUGGAAUUGAUUUCCAAUGACGACGAAAACCGCAACUACAUACUCACAAUUCAACUAAACGGUGCUGUAACUGUUUUGUCGGAGGAUCUGAGCACCAUCAUCACACGUAUCUCUCUGACAAGCAGCGCUCCAAUCCACAUUCUUGGUGCUCAAUGUCUGCCAUCAACCAUCGCAGCAGCCACGGUGCUUCAACAGAGAUCGGAUCUUCUUAUCCCCAAUGGACCGCAAUGCUCAUACGUGGCCCUUGCCUACACGAUACCUAAUGCUGGAGAUGCCACACCAUCAAGGAUAUUUUACGGUCUAUGGCCCAUUAACGUGGCUGCCGUGAAUGAGACUUCAAUACUUCCCCUGUUCGAACACGACCUGGGCUUGCAGGAGUAUGAGGCAACGCUGGUAACUUCAAAACGGCACUCAUGCACUUUUAGACUGCAUGGUCGUUAUCUUGACCUCAAGGGUCCAUCGCUCCAGUCCUUUGAGCUUUCCGGCGUCCGCCCUAUUCGAGUAUAUGUCUCGAGCAACAAGCAACCCAUCUCACAGCAGACUAUGGCGAUAUCCAAAAAAUUUGCACUAUCCUCAAGCCAGGAAGCUUUACGACUUUGGGAUCUUGAGUUCGAAACGACCCAGGCUAUCCUUGAUUUGAAAACCUUGAACAGAAAGCGUAAGCUUGCUCGGACUGGAAUCGACUCUCAUGGCGGUCAGAUCGAGCUUGUUAGUUGGUACCAUAAGCUUGGCCGUGUGAUAGGGAGACGACGGAAUCACCUGGUCGCCAUCGACAUCACCUCCAAGCAAGGGUCAAAGAAGGUACUGGAGUCUGGAACUCGACUAAUUGACAAUAUCGGCAAAGGUGUCAGUCUCCAGGACAAGUCUACAGCAAAUGCCAGCGAGGUGCAACGUACUGACAUCGGCCCUACAACUAUUUCUGCCAAUCUCUCUCUUGAGUGGAAACACAUGAAGAAGACAUUAGAUCGACUCGCGCAAGCUGGCGAUGUUUCCCAGUUUGAAAAUACUUUCAUGGGUAUGCUCAGCGAUGAAUCACUUCAAGCAGUUACACAACAGCAGCAGCACGGAGAUUUGUCCGCAAGUCAGGUCGGGGUUCCGACAACAUAUGUUGAUUACGUCUUGUCCAAAGUGUUUGAGAGGGCGACUACUACUAAUUCCACAGCCGAUGCGGAAGGUGGGGUGGGAAACACGAUUGCAGCAGAGAAUGGCGGUACAGGCCAUCCCCAGCUCAGGGUAAAGCUCAAGGCUGAAAGGUUGAUCCUCUGGCUGUCCAGGUUCGGCUCAUUAUCUACCCACCGAGUCACCAUCGCCAUGUCUCCCGUUGGAGAGGUCAAGGAGCCACUUGGCCCAGAUGCAGUUGCACAAGCUCUUGUUGAGCUCGAUCCCACCUUGAACCUCUUAUCGCAAUGUUUACAGAAUGGCUUUAGCCCUUAUGUUGACGAACAAUCAUCAAUUGUGCUCAUGUUGAUUCAAAUCGCUCUGUCCGGCUCGGGCGAUUCGGAUCAAGUUGGGCUCAGUGAUGAGCGCAAUCCGGAGUUCGGUCAAUUGGACAAGCUUGAGCGGCCAUCACCGUCUGCAUGGGUAUCAGAUGAUGUCAAGAGAGCUCUGGUACUUGCUUUGAAUCGUUUCGGAGCUGCGGGGCCGUCGACAAUCUCUUCAUGUCUGCGGAAAGAUUUUGCUCCGCGGGAGCUCUUGGCCUUGGUUCAAUUCUUACGGCAGCAACUCUUUCAAAGUGGCCAUACUAGAUCGUUCCAGAGCCAGCAAGUGGAGCCCCACUCGGAAGAAGUCGUCAGUCUCGACGCAAUCGUCCGCGUGCUAUCAAGUUGCGUUGACGCCAUCGGUCCUUUGGGAUUUUUUGGGAGUCUUGAGAACGAGGAUUUCAUCGAAUCCAUUGUACCAGACCUUGUUUCCGAGAUCGACAACGCGAAGAAGGGCUUAGAGGAUGCGACUGAUCUGCAAGGAGUGUUACGAGAAAUCUUGAGAUAUCAGGAGUCGCUUCAGAAGCAUCACGAUGCUCAGUCAAGGGUUUCUCGAAUUGAAAGUGAUGGUGAGGCUCAGCAACCAGGAACAAUCAUCACUUUGUACUCUGAGGGCGUUGACGGACGAGAAGCUCAAGAUGUUCAACUUCUUCCUCUUAGUUCACGCGCGGAGGACCUAAUCAAUCCAUUCAAAGUAAGAAAGGGUGGGGGCCAGGUCAAAAAACGAAGCAGUCGUCAUAUCAGCAUGUUAGAGCAAAGACAGAAGGGGGUCUACUCAUUCGAGAGAUUGAUAUUGUGAGCAUAGACUUGGUAUGGCUUGGAAGGCUGCUAGAAGAGACGAGUAGCGUUGUGUAACCAUCAACUAUGCAAU